AAUUAUAUGGUACCUAUAAGUUCUCCCAUGUUUCCGCACUAGCUUUGAGAACAAAUUAUCUUGAAUUCCUUGUUUGUAUCAUUUCAUCAGCAGAAGAGAAUGCAAAGAUGUCCACCACCGCAACUACAACCUCUGAAGAAGUUAGCAGCAAUGAGUGGAAAGUCAUACACAUGAGCGAGCAAGAGGAGGAUCUCAUUCGCAGGAUGUACAAGCUAGUCGGGGACAAGUGGAAUUUGAUAGCCGGUCGCAUUCCCAGUCGUAAAGCAGAAGAAAUAGAGAGAUUCUGGAUUAUGAGACACGGUGAUGCUUUCUCUGUUAAAAGACACAGAAGUAAAGCCCAAGACUCAUGAUUUUCUUUGGUCAUGUAUCUUUAAUUUCCGGGCAUAAUUCGGCUAAAUAUAUAAAUUUGGAUUAAAUAUAUUUUUGGUGUCUAUAAAAUUUCAUUUUUUUUCUCAA